CAAUUGUUUCUUUGCUUAUCUUAGCGCAUUCUGGGCUCUUUUUCAAAAGCCUCAGUUUUAGAAACGUUGUAUCUUUUUCUGGCUGUUCAGUACAGGAGAUCAAAGAGAAAGUCGGGACGUUUCAGCAACAAUCCGGGACUGCAGUUUGAGUGGUCAAAAUCAGGACUGUCCCAUGAAAGUGGUUGGGAGGUGUGAUUUCGGCAGUGACAUUCCUAUUCACAUGGGGCAGUCCUUUACGAAAUGAGACUGAGACAUCACCCUAACAUUUUAUAAAGCGCUGCCACCUGAAGACUGACCGGACAUGGACCACAAAAGCACAUCAUUUGGGUUCAAGGAUGAGUGUGCAGUCAGCCUGUGCUGAUCAGUUAAGCAAGGAGCCCUGCAGCUAGUCAAAUGAGAUGGAGGGUCUGUUGCCAGGCUUGCGAGAGCUGUACAGGGUGAUCCUGAAUGCUGGUUCCCUGCAGUAUGAUACCCAGAAAUGCGCCGCUUUCUUAGCUCCUACUUCUACAGUAUUACUCAGUACAGAUAUUGCAGGUUCAACGCCACCUGAUAAUGUAGGGAAUGUGCCUGUAUGGUGUGCACGGGACAUAACAGCGCUCCAGCUGUCUCUUAUACAGAUGCUGAUCAGCAAGGCAGAGGGUCGCAGCACAGAUCCUGAUGUAAAACGCCAAUAUGUUUGUAUAGUGGACCUGCUUCAGCAAGCUGACCUGGAUUCAACUUUAAUUUGCAUCUCCAUGGCUUCUGACAAGGUGCUGUCUCAUCUCUCUUCCAAGUGCCUCUCCAGUUUGGUGCUAUUCCAGUUUAAAAGUAAGAAUGAGGUGAAUAUCCGGUGGCUUCAAUUCUGCAUGAAGUCACUGAGUGAAUCCCCAAGGUGCUAUACACUGAUGCCAUGUCUAUCUAGUCUCGUAUGUGUGUCCAAGGAACUCCUCAGGGAUGAGAACUUACAGCAAGGAGAUAUUCUACAGGCACUCCUUCAGCCUCUGGAUCCUGCAUUUGAAGGAUUAUGCUCUUCUCUUCUUUCCGAUGUCAGAGCAAAGCACUGCCAAACACCUGCACUAGACCCAGAGUUAAGCUGCUGCAUCUCCUGUCUCUUGGACCUGAUCGAGCUCUUGGUCGCACUAAGGAUAAAAUGCCAACGGAGUCUUCCUUUAUGCCACAAAGUUCUUUCUGUGACUAUUCCCCAGGCUUUUACACUCGUAUCUUCUUCCCCUGUUGCAUAUUAUGUUAAAAGGCAGUUCAUCUUGGUCCUGAAAAAAAGCCUUCUGAAAAAAGCAGGGGAGGAUUUCUACCCUGUUCUUUAUAGCUUGUCACAGCCUGGAGACCCUGUGCUGGAGCAGGAAAUUAUGAUCUUGGUGCUAGAGCUGCUGAACUCCAUACACCAGGGCUGGUUGCUGCAAGUGCCUGUAAGCGACAGAAUCAGCUGCUUUGGUGGCUCUAACAAGGCAUCGGAAAGUAGCCCUGACCUAGUAGUCCUGGCGGCAGUGUGUCUUUCUGUUCUCAAAGCUCUAGAAAUCCAGCUUCUAGAAGUGACUAUAUGCAGCAUUAUCGAAGAUAAACUACAGUCUGUCAUGGAUCAAUUACUGGCUUUCCUAAGGCAUCAUCUAGGGUGGCAGAAACCGUGCCACCCCUGUGAAUGGGUAUCUCUCAUCUUUAUCGAGCAGGAUGAUGACAUGUUAGAAGUGGCAAACAUUCUGCUAAAGCUGUACCUUCGCUGUCAAACCCUCUGGUCUCAGGUCCCUGCCUGUGCUUAUCCUGGAGGUGAAAUGGAAAUAUGGGAUGGAAUAUCUCAUCGGUUUGGAUGUGACCCCCACUGCAUUUUUAUUUUGUUGCUGAAUAAUGUGGCAUUUGACACUUCAGUCCUGCUGGAUUUUCUCAUAUCCUCAGAGACCUGCUUUCUGGAAUACUUUGUAAGGUACUUGAAACUUCUCAAAGAAGACUGGCCUCGCUUCUGCCUGACAUGCACUUUAUUAGAAUUGGCAUCUUGCCGUAAAGGAUCUGCCAAGGACGUUCCCAAUGACGUUCCCAAUAGUUUCUCUUUACAGGGACAGACAGCAAGUGUAACUGCUGCAGUGGUGCCGCAAAAUCUUGCCUUUGUGAAUCUUCAAGAAUCUUUAUCUCUGCCUACCAGCAUCAGUGAUCCAAUAACCAAGAAAAAUAAAGGGCCCAUUGCUCCUUCUCAGGUCUCAAGCUAUGAAUGCACUUCCUCUUUGGGUGCCCUUCAACGCCUUGUAGCCUACGACAGCUCAGAAGAUUCUGAAUCGGAAUGCUCCGAAGAGCAGGAUCAUCCUGUCACUGUACAGAUCCCAGGAACUGACAGCACAGAUAUAUAUAAACAGAUGGGGAAGCUGAAACUGAAAGGAGAGUAUCCAGCCUUCAGCGCUACCCCGGCCCCAACAAAGACCACUGAUAACACAAACCUAAUCACAGGGACCCUGCUGAAAUCUGCAAGGUGCUUGGAAGAGCUGCAGCAAGCCAUUAAUAAAUUGCACAAAAAGCAGCUCUUCCCAUAUAACCCAUCUGCCUUACUUAGGCUAUUAAUACAUGUCUGUACUUUAAAUAGAGAGAUGCGAGAAGGGAAGAUUGCUCAUUAAGUGCAUUAUAGAGCUAUAAUGCCAAAUCCUCCUGGUUAAAUAUAUGUGAAUACUGAACCAAUGCUUGAGUGACAUUUGGAUAAUUAAGCGUUAUUCUGUAUUUCAGCUCCUGUGAGCUACGAUUGUUGAGGUUAUGUUCACAGUGCAGCAAAAUCCUGUUAAGCCUCUCUCUGUGAAAUCUGUAUUUAACAAGAGCCUAGUUUGGGCUGCAAUAAGGUGAAAUCCUUUAAAAUUGUAGGCUUUUGAUUAUACAUUCCUGCAGAGUGUUUAGAUAAGUGGGAUUGUGACCUUAUGUAACACAAAACUAGUGAGCCACCAGGGGUGUACCACUUAGGGUGCUAUUUCACUUUGUCCUAUACUGGGACAGUUUUCGUGUCUCUUUCAAAAUAAGUGUUACUUUGAAUGUUUCACAUUAAUCUCUACAAUUUUUAAAACACUGGUUGUUGACCUGU